AUGGAAGUGAGCCAAUUAAAAUCUGAGGAUCAUGUCCAAACUCAAGACGAAAUAGACACAGCUGAAGUAAUUAUGGAUUUUAUUGAAGCAGAUAAAGAUGCUGUUGAAAUAGAGGGUCAUAACCAACCUUUCACAGGUCUAAUUUUUAAUAACAUGCUUCAAACGCCAGAUAAACGUAUAAAGCUCGAAGAACAACAACGAUUACUUUUACAACGAAUUCAAGAUGCUGUGAUUAAUAAUGAGAGUCUUUGUGGUAGCAAUGAAUCGGCGGAUUCUGUUUAUAGCUCUUCGAUACUUUCUUUAAUUUCGGCGUAUGCUUAUGAGCAAGCCAAUGAUUCCGAAGAAACGAUAUGCACUCGCGAUUCUGAAGAAAAUAGUGAUAAUAAAACUCUACCUUCAUUACCAAAACCUAAAUUCGCAAAGCUUAUAAAUUUUAGUUCAUUAAGAGACGCAUUGAAUCGUCAGAGAAAAUCAAAAAAUGUCAAAGAGCGGAGUCAAGCGAGUUCUACGCUUGGGGAUAACAAACAAAUUUUAUUUGAAUUAAAGGUUUCCAAAUGGAAUUCAACGAAUAAAAUGUCUUUUAAUAACUAUCUUGUCUUAACGCAAGAAUGUUUAUAUCACUUUAAAAAUAAGGAUAAGGCUGUUAAAGCUUUUAAUGAGUAUAAUGAUUUGGCUGCUAAUACAACAUCAGGAAAUAUAACAAAAUUAUUGUUGAACCAGAAUACAGCCUUAGUAUUAAAUACCGUAUAUGCUAUAACCGAGUAUCUCGUACCGGAACCAUAUAUUAAAAUAUAUUUUGUCUCAUCACAAAAAAGGCAUGAUAUUAUCACAAUCACAACUUCUGAUUUUCAAAAACAUCAACACCUACUUUCUACACUACGACACGCUAUUCAAAAGUCCAAUCCAAUUGGACCACGUAUAUCAAGAAAACAAAGAACACGAAUAAUACAAGAAUUAACAUUAAUUGAAGAUUGGGUUGACGAAGACAUUGAAAAUAUGUUGGCUUAUAAAGUGUUGCUAAAAUCAUUAAAAGAUAGUGAUAGAAAACAUAUUGAAAAAAAACCUCUAUUAACAUCAUUUUUCAUACUUGGAAGGAAUAAUGUUUAUUUGGUUCCGGCUGACAUUUUUGAUGAACAUGACACGAGUUUAGAUCAAAAUGCUUUUCAAUUUCAACUACUUUUUGAAGAAAUGAAGCCUAGAAAAGUCGAUUUAAGAAAAUAUCAAUACCCUAUCAUGUGUCUUGCAAACAUUCAAUCUACUGAACAAGAUACUUUUAGAUUAACUUUUAGAAGUAAUAGUGGAAAUAUACGACGAACAAUGGAUAUCGCUUCAUUAUUUAGUGAGACAAUCAUUACAGAACUUCGAUCUGCCAUCGAUUCAAUAACAUUCUGGUGGCCAUACUCCAUAUAUACACUUGGCCCACAGACAUCAAUUCCAGCAGAGAGAGUUAAACCCCCUAAUAUUGAAGAAUUAAUAACUCAAGGAAGUGGAUUGGAAAGAAUAAUUGAAGCUCAAUGUCAUGCUUUCCGAAUAUCUAAAUCAAGAAUUUCGUUCUCAUUCGAACGUGUUCUUGACACAGAGAGUGUUGUAUUCAGACAAAGUUUUGGUAAUUUACUUUACGCAUUCACAUUACACCCACCUGUUGAAGGAUCAUAUUCUAGUGCUGAAUUAUAUGCUGUACUAAGUUCACUAAAACAUCAUCCGUUAAUAUACAAGUUAAUUUUACGGAAUGUAAACCUUUCUGAACUUCAAUCUCAAGCCGGGCCAAUUAAUCACGAAGGAACAAAUAUGCUUUCUGUAAUGUUAUAUGAUGUCCUCACAUUAAAUCCAAGGUUAAAAGUAUUAGAUUUAACAUCAUGUGGAAUUACUGGUGAAACGAUGUCAGUUAUUGGGAAUGCAUUCUCUACAGGAAAAUCUUUGUUAGAGAGAUUUAUCCUGAAUAAUAACUUCAUAUCAGAAGGUGGAUUAAAUGAUUUAGCAGCUGGAUUAGCUGUCCAUGGAUCAUUAAUAAAAGAAUUCGAUAUUUCAAAUUGUAGAUUGGUUGGCGCUGAUAUUGAAACAAUCCUAAAUGCCUUUACUGCAAGUUGUCCAGAAAGGUUGGAAUUAUUUGAUCUUUCUAACAAUACGGGCAGCUUUAAAACUGAGGUAUUAUCAAAAUUUUUGUCAAAAACAAUUAAUCUAAAAACAUUAAAGUUACGUAAUUGUAUAAAACUAUUUAGUUAUAGCGUUACAAUAAUUUCAGUAGAAGUAUUAAGAAAUAUGCAACUUACAACAAUAGAUAUUGGAGGAAUUUCUUUAAAUA